UUGAUAUGUUUAAGGUGAAAAAAACACACAUUAAGUAUUAACUAAUCAACUAAUUACAACUAAUACUAGUAUAAGAAAUAAUUUGGGUAUAGGUUUUGGCCUAACAUUGUAGCUUUUAAUUUUUCCUUUUUAACAGCUUUUAACCCUAUUUUACCCUCAUUUUAUAAAAAAAAUUAUUUUAAAAUACCCUUUCUCUUUUUGCUUGAUCGCUCGCUUGGUGCCAAAAGGCUGAUGAACAGAACAAAUAGUGUGGUUUCCAUUGUCAAUUUCACAGUCACCCUUCGACACCCAAUUCGAAAUUCUAUAUGUCUAGCCCGGCCACACGAUCAGGGAGGCUGUCAUCUGCGCAGCAUGAACAGCCGGGAAGAGCAAAGUGGACAAUGUCCCUUACUAAGGUGCUAGUUGAUUUGAUGGUUGAUCAGAAUAAUCAGAGGAACAAUCAGAAGAUUUCGGUGGGCAAUAAGUGGAAGUAUAUGUGUGAUGAGUUUUACAGGAGAACUGGCUUGAGAUGGGAUAGAGAGCAGCUGAAGUAUCGGUGUUCCGUCUUGAAGAAGAUGUAUGCUACUGUGAAGUCACUUCUUGAUCAAGAGGGCUUCUGUUGGGAUGAAAAUACUGGUGCUAUUACGGCUAAAGAUGAAGCAUGGGAUCAGUACAUUAAGGAACAUCCUGAUGCUGAUACUUUGAGAGCUACUGGCUGUCCAAUCUAUAAGCAAUUAUACAUAUUAUUUUCCGAAUCUAUCAAAAAUGAAAAGAGUAAUGGAUUAGCUGAAAAAGGAGGUCUAGAUCCUGUGAGCAACGUCACAGAGGACUGCUCAGCAGAAUCAGAGGAAGUGGCUUGUGUGGCGAAUGAGAAAGAGAAGUCUCUAUGUGUUGAAACCCCUAACCCAAUCAACCGCAAGAGAGGACGGAAGGGGCUUGAGGAUGUUAUGGCUGAUGCUAUAUUCGAGAUGGCAGCUGCAGCAAGAAUGAGGGCAGAAGCAAUUCAGCAAUGCAGUCAGAGAUAUACCAUAUCCAAGUGCGUAAAUGCUUUGGAUGAGUUGGGUGAAAUUGAUGAACAAGUCUACUUCGGUGCUCUUGAUCUUUUUAAUAAUCCAGGAGCAAGGGAGAUGUUUUUGUCACUGAAAGCUGAUAAGCGACUGAUGUGGUUACAGGGUAAGUGCAAAGUACCCUCUAGUUCUUAGGGAUAAGCUAGCUAGCAGCCUUGCUGAUAUACAUACAGUCAAGUACUUAGCCAUGGCUUACACCGAACUAUGGUUAGUAUAUAGCCGAGAUUUACACAAAACUACAGCACAUAGGAAUAAUUCAACCAAUGGCUAGCAGUCUAGCACUUAGCACUUGCAUGCUUCGAGGUUCAUAUUUGACAUGAACAUGAAUAGAUUUUUUUUUUUUUUUUUUCCUUUUGAAGAACUAGAGUCAGCCCGAUACCAUUGAUAGGGUCUAUAUAGUGAAUAAAGUUCACGCGAUGAGAUAAAUGAGGUGGAUGAACGAGAAAGUGGUAUUCGUAGAAACUAUAGAUAAACAUUUUCUCCUCACAUGUAGGAGACU